ACGAGCUGCUUGUUUAGAUUGGUCGCCUCAGCGCUACAGCAGCGCAGCAGUAUGGCGCUCCAUGAAUCGAGUAUUCAAGCCAUUCUACACACAAAUGACCCCAGUAGACGGUACAACACGGCCACAUAAGCAAGCCGAAGAACAGCAGAGCCAGUGUGGGUAUAAAAGGACUUUGAUUUAUGAUCAUGAAGAAUCUAAGCUGUUCCCAGGCCUCUAAUCUCAGGCCACCCCGGCGACCCGACAGCGCGUGGUCCUGGGUCGUGGCGAUAUCAGGCUGUCUGUCUGUUCUGGUGAUGGUAGGGCUGGUGAAUACCUUUGCUGUCGUCAUGCCGGUCAUAAGAGAACACUACAAUGAAUCAAGGCAAAAGAUAGCCUGGAUUGGUUCCAUUUCUCAAGGCCUGACUUUUUUUGCGUCACCUCUGGCCGGUGUACUCAUCACGCGGUUCAACUUUCGGUUCACUGCGGUAGUCGGUGUAAUGACAUGCGCGACAAGCCUAAUCAUUACGUCAUUCACCAAGAGCGUUCUUCAGAUGUUGUUGUCUUACAGUCUGCUCUUUGGUCUCGGUUGCUGCUUUGUGUUCAUGUCUAGCGUAUAUGCAGUCACGAGCUAUUGCCAAAGAAGACACGCCUUCGCGCUUGGUCUGCUGAGCGCUGGACAGAACUUGGGGGUGUUGUCUCUAGGGCCUCUAUUACAGGUGUUGAUGGAUAACCUCGGUUGGCGGGUGAUGUACAGAGUUCUCGCGGGGGUUGCUGGGAUAGUGCUGCUAGUUGUCUUGACCUUUGACCCUAACGUGGAAGAGGGGCCUACGCCAAAGCCUGGUGACGAGUCAAUUGAAAUGACAGAACAGACAGAACAGACUGAAACUGAGAACACUGCGGAGUGUAAUGGUGGUUUUCAAGGGGGGAAAGUCGAGACGAGCGAGAACUCGACCCAGUCGUACAGCGACAGCACCUCAACCCGAGCGGACCCCGACUGCGAAAUACCAUCACGAGCAGAUCUCGACUGUCAAAAUAAUGGUGAGGAGCCAUAUGAGUUUGAAACAGACCAUUCAAACCCAGACUCCUCAUCCGAUAAAAAGUCAUCUGCAUGUGACGUCACAGAUCCCAAAAAUGUGUCAGCAGUAAUAGACCUAGAAAAGCACGACUCAAAACCUGAGAGAGCUGCACCCCAGUCCCCAGGAUACUGGGCAUUAUUCUGCGAGACAUGGCUAACCCCAGCUUACGUCAUAGCUGCCGUGACACUGACGCUAGAGACAGGAACAGCCUUCGUGUCUUAUGUCCACUUGAUCAAUUAUUGCGCUGAAGUAGGUCUGCAAGCCCAAGAAUCGUCCAACCUGUUCAUAGUGUUUGGCGUGUCUUCCCUUCUAUCCUCGCUUCUCAGCGGUAGGAUUCUGGAUCUGCCGUCAGUCAACCCCUUCCAUGUCAAUCAAGCGGCGGCCUUGACCAUGGCUUUGUCUAUGUUGCUGCUUCAACAAGCGACGCGCUAUCUUCAUUUUGUCGUCUUCUCCGUGUUCAUGGGACUCGGCAUUGGCAUCUUUGGCACCACCAUCCUCGUGCUGCUGCUCAACACCGUGGAUCCUCGGCUACGCCUCAUCUCGUACCCCAUUGGUCAGAUGCUCUCAUCAUGUGGAAACAUGAGCGGUUCGCCUCUUGUUGGUUUCAUAGCGGAUGUGUAUGGAUCGUACAGACCUGCGUACUACACUGCCGGGAGUAUAAUGCUUCUAGCCGCGUUUAUACCCUUCCUACAGUACUGUUUUAAGCCCUGGAGGAAUAGUAACGAAAACGCCGCAGACGAUGCGACUAAAGAUCAGAUCCGCGAGAGAGAGGCACAACCAGGCGAGAACGGUUCUCCUUAUUAUAUAACGAAUCUAGCUUUUGAAGCCGAAAUUGGAGAAAGCUUUGAGAACACAAAGCUUUGAUAUCUGCUCAGUUAGCUAAACCUUUCCAUAAGUACACUCCCUGGAAUUCUUCCCAAUAAAAGUGGUCAAAAAGUGGUAUUUUUAAAGACAGUCUUAAUUAUCUUAGACAGUUUAAAACCAAAUGUGAAUUUCUUUUUAGACAGCUUUGUAAUCGAAAUGUCCAAUUCCAUAUGCAUAUUUGUUUUAAUCACACAUUUCUGCAGUCAAUUUAUUUGCCAGUGCAGGUGGAGAAAGGCAGUGAUAAUUAAACAUCAGGGCGAAUUCUAGGACUCUCCGAGCUCCCCCCGCCCCGCCCUAGCUCAGCCUCAUGUAAGGUUAACAUUAAUCUGCCUGGUUACAAUAAUUUUGUCUUUUUUUUAUCAUCAUAACGGUCGCUUAAAAUCUACGAAGUUGAAAUAACCGGACGCUACAUGAGGGACGCCAUCUUGGAUGUCAACUGAGUUUUAUUGGUCAGCGGUAUGAGUGUGCAAGGGCGCUAGGAUAUUACAUUUCUCCCUUACUUUAAAAAGAAUAUCUCUAUACAAUCUUAACAUUUCUAACGAUCAACUCAAUAAAGUAAUCAAUAAAGUUCUCUUGAAGUAAGUAAAGUCUCAA